AUGACUGUCACUGUUGAUAAUGCUAGUGCUAAUGACAAUGGUGUGGCUGUUUUGAGGAGACAGCUGCAGGGAACCAACAUAGCUGGUGGCAAGUAUUUGCACAUGAGGUGUGCUGCACACAUCAUUAACCUCAUUGUGCAAGAUGGAUUGAAAGAAGUUGACCUCUCUGUGAAGCGUGUCAGGGCUGCUAUUAAAUGGGUUAAGAAUGGGACUUCAAGAUUGGUAAAGUUUAAGGAAAUUGCUGAGGAAGAGAAGGUGGAGAGCAAGGCAUUUCUCAAGCUUGAUGUCCCAACUAGAUGGAACUACACAUACCUUAUGCUAAAAUCUGCAAUUGCUUAUGAGAAGGUGUUUACAAGGCUUGCUGAAGAUGACUACACUUAUGUUAUUGACCUAUCUGAAGAGAGAGAAGGCCCUGGUCACCCUGAUGAAGCUGAUUGGGGUAGGGCCAAGAAAAUGGCAGACUUUCUAGAGCAUUUUCAUGAUCUUACUGUCCGUGUCUCCUCGAGUCUCCAUGUCACCUCUAAUACAUUCUUUCAAGAAAUUGGGGAAGUGCAUUUGCUGAUUCAAUCUUGGAUGAAUAGUACAAAUAAUCUGCAAGUUUCAAUGGGCAAGAGAAUGAAAGAUAAAUUUGACAAGUAUUGGGGAGUUUGGCACACCAACAAAGAGCAGGAGCAAGAGACUGAGAGUGAGAGGGAUAGUGAGAGAAGGGGUAGGGGGAAGGGAAAAGCAAAGGAGAAGGAAAAGGAGAACAUUAAUUUACUGAUUUUUAUUGCUGCAAUUCUUGAUCCAAGAUACAAGUUAUCUUUGUACACCAAAUUGACUGUUGAAGAAAUAUUUGGUGAGGAAAGAGGACAGCUAGUUUGGGCAGCUAUUAAAUCUUGUCUCCGUGAGCUGUUUGAUGAAUAUAGGCAAAUUCAUGCUCCAAGUGAAGUACAAACUGAAGUAAAUGAUCCCAAUCAAUCAAGUGGAACUAGACAAGGCAUGCUUGCUGAAAAAAUUGCAAAGAGGAUGAGGAUGGAAAGUGGUUCUAGCAACACAACCAAGUCAGAACUUGACAAGUAUCUUAGUGAAGAUUCAGAGGAUAGGAAUAAGAAGAUUGACAUCCUUCACAAGUGGACGUAUUUUAGAUGA